CAGAGCAAGACUCAGUCUCAGAGAAAAUAAACAAGGCCAUUGCUCACAGAAAGGGCCAUGUGCUGGCUGUGCUCCACUUCCUGGUGAGAGGUAGGGAAGGUGCUGUUCCACGUUAGGGAGGAAGUUUCGGGCCAUAGCCACCAGGUGUGUGCUGCACGAGCCUGGGGUCAGCUACUCCAGGCCAUGGCCACCCAGGCUGAGAGCUUCUGACAGCUCCCAGUAGGGCAGCCUCAGGCAUGGUCCUUGCAGCUUCCCCUCUGCCUGCAGGUUUUCCAGCUUGCAGCUCAUCUGGUGUACUGGGGCAAGGCCAUCAUCAUCUACCCACUGUGUGAAAACAACGUCUACAUGCUGUCUCCCAACGCCAGUGUGUGUCUGUACUCCCCGCUGGCCGAGCAGUUCUCCCACCAGUUCCCAUCUCAUGACCUGCCGUCCGUCCUUGCCAAGUUCUCCUUGCCGGUCUCCUUGUCAGAAUUUAGGAAUCCCCUGGCCCCCGCUGUGCAGGAGACCCAGCUCAUCCAGAUGGUGGUGUGGAUGCUGCAGCGCCGGCUCCUCAUCCAGCUGCACACCUAUGUCUGCCUGAUGGCUUCACCCAGCGAGGAGGAGCCCCGCCUGCGAGAAGACGAUGUCCCCUUCACUGCCCGGGUUGGCGGUCGCAGCCUCAGCACGCCCAACGCCCUCAGCUUUGGCUCCCCAACCAGCAGCGAUGACAUGACCCUCACCAGCCCCAGCAUGGACAACUCCAGUGCAGAGCUGCUUCCCAGUGGGGACUCGCCACUGAACCAGAGGAUGACAGAGAACCUGCUGGCCAGCCUGUCGGAACAUGAGCGUGCAGCCAUCCUCAGUGUACCAGCAGCCCAGAACCCUGAGGACCUGCGCAUGUUUGCCAGGUGGGUGCAGGUUGACUCGUUGGGACUGGGGCCAAUUGCAGGGUUGGGGCAGGAAAUGGAUAGGGAUGUACCCAACAAGACCACCAAAUCCACUGACAACACAUGGGGCCCUGUUUCAGGUGGAGUCUCUGUACUCAUGUGUGUAGGGGCAGGUGCCCCUGCCCAGGCAUGGGAUGCAGCUUGUCACAAAGACCCCAGGCUGUGGGCCUGGUGUGCCUGUUUUUGGGAGUCUUAUCUCCCCAGUACUUCUUAGAUGUUUCUUGUCGCUUAAGAAGCAGCACCAAGUUCUCACUCUCAUGGGACUUGGCAGGGGUUUGCCCAGGACUCCAAGCCCUGCGGGCAUCCAGGAUCCCCCACGUUACAGGUGAUGCCGCUCAGUGGUCUCUUGUCAGCCCUAUCCUGACUUGGGGGGCAGUCUAGGGGAAUGGUUUUCUGGGAGUGGUCAGGUUGUCAGGGACUAAGCUCCCUGUUAAAAACCAGCCUCCAGGCCCUGGAGAGAACCACUUGCAACUCUUCUAAGCAGCUGGUCCACGUCUCACCUGCAUCCUAGCCUCCUUUGUGCCAACCUCAGUUGCAGAAACCACCCUAAAGCAGUGACCUUCCAAAUAAUGGUGACAUUAAAAAUAUAUCAUU